AUGCGUUCCGAACUCGCUUCCGCCCUCGGUCUCUUGGCCGGCCUGCUUACGGCUGCCGAACCGGCCUCGGCUCGGCCGGACAUCUACGCCCGCUCACAACAGAUCCGACGUCAAAAUUCAGAAUGCGCUGAGGACCUAGCUGACGUCCUGGAUAAUGCGCCAACGACGUCAAUGUCAUGGGGAGCUACGGCUUGCGAUUAUACGUCUACACUCUCAGGCUUAGAACUCUUCGUUACCUAUGCCUCAUUCAGGAGUCGAAUGUCUUCUUGGUACAGCGACGAUCUCGACGACAUCACCAAGCUCGAAGCCAGCUGUACACAGUACAGCUCUAUCUUUAAUCAGAUCCGGAACUGUUACGUGACUGGAGCUAUCCCGACUGCCGCUACAUCUACAUCAACAACAUCAUCUUCAACUACAUUCACUACUACGAGCACUGGGUCUGGAGGCAUCACUACGGCAACUGUGACAACUACAUCGACACCCGACAGUGGGAGCGGUAUGGAUGAUGGCGCGAAAGCUGGACUUGCGAUUGGGAUCAUCCUUGCCGUUCUUCUUUUCAUGUUCAUUGGGUACAAGUUCUUCAUGAAAUAUCGUCAGAAGAAAUUAGCCGACGCCGCAGCAAUGUCAUCGAAUGCAAACGUUGGACCGGAAAUGGGAGCCGCAGCCGCGGGAGGAGCAUUAGGUGUCGCUGCUCUGGGUAGUACCAAGUCACGACCAGAGCAAAGCGAGGUGUAUGCAUUCAAAUCAGAAUUGAGCGGAGAGUCGAGACCAAUGUCCGAACUCGAUCCACGACCGAUAUCCGAGCUCGACCCAGCAGCAGCUGUUGCCGCCAGCGGUGCCACCGGCGUCCAUCGACAUGUUGCGGAGCUGGACCCUGAUCCCCCGACCCAGCUGAGUGAGCUGCCAGCUGACAACUACGACCCAACCGCCACGACGAAUUCGCCUCCCCCGGCAUACGUCUCUCCGGUUACUGAUACGGGUACUCGAAAUACGCUCUACUCGGUGGUCUCUCCAGUGUCACCAGACUCGAGUACGAUGCGAUCGUCAGGAUUAGGCAUAUCUACAACUUCAGAAGCAGAUGUCUCGCAGGGCGCCGAUAGUAGUGUUACAGGAGUGGAAAAAAUGCCAACAACGCAGAACGAGACAGUGCAACAGGGAUGGGGCAGAGGAUGGAUGCAAAGGGAAUGA